CCAGGGUCACUGAUGAGGAGUGGAAUUCUCAGAAACUAGUCUGGCUCAGAGACACACACCCCUAUGAAAGAAUAUACCAUUCCAAGCUUUUACUUGUUGUUAAACAAAUGUUUAAACAACUCUACUUAUUCACUUUAUGAUAAUGUUUUUUAUUGAAAAACAAAUGAACAGCAUUAGUGACUAUCUAGAAUGUAAAAUGUAGUUUUAAUAUUGAUAAGUAUAAUUUACUUAGGGUUUGAAAAUUUGGAAAGGACAUUCAGUGUGUGAGGAGCAUUUGUAUUAAGUGUGGAAAAACCUUUAAAAAGGAGAAUUUAGAUAUGAUUAUUGUUAAAAGUAUCAAAUUUCAACUGAAUAUUUGUCUGUGAUGAAAAGAGGUGAUAAGAUUACGAGAGGCAUUUGCACAUAUAAGAGUAAGAGGCAGAGUACCUGUUUCAAAAAUUUCAAAAGUAUGAAAAAUAUAAGACUUGGUAUGGUUUUUCUCCUGGAACUAAAAAAAACUAGAGAUGACUUUGAUAAUAUAACUAUGGGUUGUACUUUUCAUGUAAUAGGUUGAAAAUUCAAACAUAUUAGUGGCUAUAAGUUAUACAUUUAGAAGUCUAAAUUCAAUCCUUUUUUUUUUUUUGACAAGUGUAUUCCUCUGUUGAAAUUGUAAAAUUAUAGAGUGGUUUGUUUGAUAAUGUAACAUACACAAUUAGUAUAAACUUUUGUUGCAGAGAUAUGAAAGGUUAUAUUUAGUUUGGUAUUAAGAUUUUUUUAAGGGAUGACUGAAGAGGUGAAUUCAAUUGGCCAAAUAGAAUUCCAUCAUCUUGGUUAUUCUUAUGUUAGAUUGUUCUAGUGUUACUUUGAGAUCUUACUAGGAAAAACUGCUGUACAUGAAUGGUACUAGACUUAAGACUAUUGUCUUAAAGUUGUAUUGAAUCAGAUUCUAUAUUUCAUGUACCAUAAACAUCUUAUUUGGAUUUCAUUUGUUUGUUUUUAUUAUUAUUUUGAUUAGGAGUGAUUUUUCCUAUGUCUUUAAAACAGGAAGUGGGCCUUGUAAGAAGAAUUGCAUGUGACCAUUUAUAAAGAAGACUAUGUCAAAAAACAUCUCUCCAAUCUAACUAUUGCAAAAAAUAAAUAUGAACAUAUUUUAUUAACCUUUUGGAUUGUUAUAAAAAAUAUGAACUAGAAAUGCUUUUGGAAAAACUUCUUUCGCAGUCUUUCACUUCAGCAUUUAAUUUAUUUAAUCAUCAACAACUCAUAAAACCUUUAUUUUGGGGUUGCAGUAAAAAAUUUUCAGCACCCUUACUUGUUGUGCCAAUACGUGGAUCUUUUUGGGAGCGUGAUAUAAAAGGUCCACGUUAUCGAAAAAAAACUGAGCGAAAUUACUUAGAUGACAUGAAAUAUGGAAUUAAAGAACUUAAAAAUGAAGUUCAACUGUGGAAAGAAGAAAUGUCUGAGAAGUUUCAAUAUGACCCAAAGGUUUACAUGCCCGACGAUUCUGAGAUUGUAUGGACAUUUGAUACAAAGGAAAAAUUGAAUCAGUGGGUGUGCACAUCAGACAGUGAUAAUAAAGAUGGCUUUAGUCACUGUGACUUAACUCUCAGUAAGAACAAGAAAGGAUUAUUCAGUGGUUUCUUAGACUGCAGAGUUCCCAAAGAUGGCCAGAUAAAAGAAUCAGGAUACUGUAAUAUUCGGUGUCUGAGAGCCAGGAAAUCUUUCAAGAGAGAUUCUUUCUUUGAUUGGCAAAUGUUUACCCAUCUUAUACUUAGGAUCCGAGGUGAUGGAAGGUCAUACAUGCUUAACCUCACUACUACUGGAUACUUUGAUGUUAUGUGGCAUGACAUAUACAACUACAUACUUUUCACACGUGGUGGGCCUUACUGGCAAGUUGCAAAGAUUCCAUUUUCCAAGUUUUUUCUCUCAAGUAAAGGAAGGAUUCAGGAUAAACAAGACCCAAUCCCCCUGGAUAAAAUUACUAAUAUUGGAAUUACUUGUGCUGGGAAGACUCCUGGUCCAUUCCAACUAGAGAUAGAUUAUAUUGGAGUACAUUUUGAUGGAAAUCAUACAGAAGAAUUUGCCUAUGAAAUGUAUAAUGUUCCAAGCUUCAUUGUUGGCGUGUGAAGAAAAGCACAUUGAUAAAUGUUUGAAUAACUUAAUGGUUUAAUUUUGUAACAAAUUGUUCAGAAUAAAUAUUUGCUUUAACUGUUAA